UUCAGAUUUUUCUUCUUGCCUGUCCCCCAUGUCGUGGUGCCAUGGUUCUGUUCAGCUUAGGAAAGAGCUCUGCCUGGAUUAGGGGACCUUCUCUUACAUGAUGAUCACUUCUCCAGUUGCCCACAACAGGUUACAGAUGCAUAUGUUAAAUGGGGCCCUCUUGGCAUUGCUGUUUCCUGUGGUUAAUACCCGCCUGCUUCCCUUUGAAGUGGAAAUUUAUUACAUCCAGCACGUGAUGCUCUAUGUUGUGCCCAUCUAUCUGCUGCGGAAAGGAGGUAUCUACACUCCGGAGCCGCUUUCCAAUUUCUGGUGGGCUCUGUUGUCCACUGGGCUGAUGUUUGUCUAUCAUUUUAGCAUCUUACAGAUUCUGGGACUGGUCACGGAAGUGAAUCUGAACAACAUGUUAUGCCCAGCCAUCUCGGAUCCUUUCUAUGGGCCCUGGUAUCGAAUCUGGGCAUCUGGACAUCAGACUAUCAUGACUAUGGCUCAUGGAAAACUUGUAAUAUUGUUUUACAGUGCAGUCCCCAUCUUUAAAUACAGUAUGGAUUUGCUUAGACUCCCAGCUAAGAAAAUAGACUGAAAUUUCUCCCUAGGAAUAGCAUUUACAGGAAGCAGAGGAACCUGGCAAAUGAAAAGACUGUGUGUUAGUGUGUCAUGUCUCCUUCCCUUCCUCCCCUUCCGAAUGUUUCUUGCCUCAAAAGAGCUCUAAAAGAGAGUGAGAAUUCUCUUUUCACUGCCCAUAGCCAAUGGCAAAAUUAGUGGCCUUAUUCUGGGAGACAUUGAUGUUUCUUUAUUAUGUAUUUUUUUAUGCACAUUACAAUGGAACCUUGCUAUCCCACACUAUAUAGUUAUCCCAGAAAAUGGCAGGCUCUGUCUGCAUUCCAGCAAAGAAUUUGGUAGCAGAGUCUCCUUAUCCAGACUGCAUUAUUGUUCACUAUGCUUCAGUACAUUUGCCAAUUACGUUAUGAAGUAUAAGAAAAGGCUGAAUUAUAAGUGUCGUCCAGAUGGAACCAAGCAUGGUUUCUAAUGCAUCAUCCUAGCUUAACUUGCAUUAUUUGAAGCAUGUAAGUUGGUAAGUGAAACACCAUGUUGUGGGUCUCCCAGUCAUUGGUAUGAAUUGGUGAGGUUCUAUUGAACUACUUUAAGCUGGUUGAAGAUAAUGGGGACCAAUAAGAAUAAUUAAAAAAUUUAUUUUUUAAAUUGGACUUUUUUUUUCUCAACUUCCAUGAAUUUUCAUGCAUGGUUACAGCCCAGCAUAUCUAACAACUUUGAGGAUGUUUUGACUUGAAUGUGUAAAAAGUAUCAGGUUGAAAUAAUUGUUUUAAAAUAUCAAGUAGAGUGUAAAUUGUGAUGGGUGAAGCUUCCCCUUGUCCUUCAAGUUGCCCCUGAACAGAGAAAAACAUGAAUUAAAAGGAUAUUGUCAACCAAGUUUAGACUGAGGAAGCAAAUUACAAAACCCCAAAUGAGAAGUUUUAAAUUUCAUUUCAUGCUUUUAAAAAAAUGUCUACCCUACAUUCUGCAUUGAACAGCAGCAUUUC